AUGGCUAAACCUCAAAACGUGAAACGCGCGAGAGCUAACACCAUUGACGAUUUUCGUCACCAGGAGAAAUUUGCCAGCGUGUCCAGCUCUCUCGAUCCAGAGACUGUUGAUGACAUUCUCACGCGAGCAGCGCAGAUCCAUCCCGACGUAAUGAACAUGGUGGACGACGCUAUUCGCAGCGAAAUCCAUGAGGUGCAAAAGCAGUCUCAGUCUGCUACUGCUCUUGUCGGUGGGAUGCAAGGAAUCAUUGAUUCUUUGACAGAUGAGGAAGUUCGAGCAAUCAGAGAGGAUGAGUCGAGUUCAAAAUCGUUGUGGCCAAAGUUGAAGGAAUUGGAAGACCUGGCCGAGGAGUAUUGUAUUUAUCCUGGACUGGGAGAAGUGCUGGAUCUAUUGGAGCCUGCUCACUGUGAAGGUAAAGAACAAGAGUAA